AUGGUUUACCAUUUACCAAAAUUUUUAGAAACCUACAAAACUGUAAAACUAUUUAGUGGUCAAGGUGUUGAGAAAAAUAAUGACGUAGCCAGAAGCAUAGUGUUAAGAAAAUCAAAUAAUUGGGAUGCCGCUGCAGACGUUUUGAAACUUGAGUCAAGGCAAUGGGACCUAAGAGAGAAAGAACGUAUAAAAAGAUCAUACACUAAAAAAAAAAGCCAGUGCUGGGAACAUGAGCUUGAAGAAGAAAGAAAAAAGAGAAGAAAAACAUUAAUAUGA